UGUGAGUUUGUGCAAGUAGAGAGUGGAUGUGUUACUGGGAAAUGUAUUUUAUUUACGUAUAUAACUAUUAAUUUGCAUAUUAAAAUUGAACACAGAAAGCAAGAAACAUGAUCGGCAGCGAUUAUACAUUGGAAUUGUGCAAUGUGUUUCACUCGGGACAGGUGGAGCCGGGCAGUUUCCUUCAGCGGUUGACCGGCGCCGUGAAGACCGGUGUUAUUUUGAAGGAUGUUUCGUUCACCACACACAGCGGGGAGGUCACCGCUAUACUGGGAUCUAAAGGAAGCGGUAAACGUGCUCUGCUUGACGUGAUCGCCCGCCGCGUGCCGUCCAAGGGGCACAUCCUUCUAGAAGGAGUCCCACUUGAGGAUGAGCAUUUUAACAAUACGUGCGCUCUGGUGCGACACUCUACUCGCUUGCUGCCAGGUCUAAGCGUACAACAGACUCUUAGCUUAUCACUUACUAAGAUUUCAGGAUAUUUGAAAUCGUCCAAAGUGAAGCAAGUUAUGGCUGAUUUGGCACUAUCACAGGUAGCCAACAAAUGUGUCACAAAUUUAACCAAAAGUGAAUAUCGAAGACUGAUUAUAGGGAUCCAUCUCAUCAGAGAUCCAAUUAUCCUGUUACUAGAUGAACCGACGUGGGAUUUAGAUCCGUUAAAUACGUAUCUAGUGAUAUCGAUCUUGUCAAAUGCAGCAAAAAAAUACGGCACUGCAAUUAUACUGACCAUGGAGAAACCAAGAUCUGAUGUGUUCCCAUUUUUGGACCGAGUGGUUUACCUAUGCCUGGGUGACGUGGUCUACGCAGGCCCCACUCGCAACCUGCUGGAUUACUUCGGAAGCAUCGGAUUCCCGUGUCCACAGCUUGAGAACCCUUUGAUGUACUAUUUGUGUCUAUCAACAGUAGAUAGACGGUCCCGAGAGCGUUUCAUAGAAUCAAAUCAUCAGAUCGCGGCUUUAGUUGAGAAAUUCAAGCUGGAAGGGCAAGGUAUUAUGCAAGGCAACCUGAACGAGCACAGUCGUAUUGUAAACCCGAACAAGAUUCAGUUGAAUUAUGGUAAACCGAGUGGGUUCAAAGUAAUAUGGAUGUUAUAUGUGAGAAUGCUUGUAUCGAUAUUUAAUUUAAAGAAGCACGGUAUAAAACAAAUGUCUAUGAGACUAUUGUGUCUACCCAUAUACUUUUUAAUAUUGUGGAUCUUCUACAAUGAGGCAAAGGACUAUCAAAGAGCUUUCAUAACCAAGAGCGGACUUAUAUUCAAUGCUAUGGUAGGAACCUACUUCAUUAGUAUAUUGAAUACGAUAUGUUUAUAUGGGCCAUACCGAACGCGUUACUAUCAAGAAUCACAGGAAGGUCUAUACAGUGGUGCCAGUUUAUUGCUCUCCUGGAAUUUAGUAUCUUUACCCUUCUCUUUCAUAAGCACGUUUGCUUCCGCUGCUAUAAUUUAUUCGAUAAUUGGGGAUAUUUCUGAAAGUUUGGAUUAUGUGUACUUCGCGCUCGCGUUAUGGUCAUGCUAUGUGUAUGCAGAACAGCAAUCCAUUGCCAUCAUGAUGUUUGUGAAGAAUGGACUUAUCGCCGCCAUUGUCAACAUUUAUAUAACUUGCAUCUAUGUUAUGCUUGCCAGCGGUGUCUUGAGAUCCUACAAAGGCUUCGAAGAAUGGCUAUAUUAUAUCACUUACAUAACACAUACACGCUACGCAUCGAUAUUCCUGCACCGGAAUGUGUUCAAACAACCCAUUUUCAACAUUCUCCCAUACACGGACACCGAGAACUGCACCUCUAUCACCAAUCUCAUACAAACAUCGUCCAGUCUAAAUACAAAUUCAAACUCGAACUGCCGAUAUGGGAACGGCAAAGCAUUCUUGGCCGAACGAUUCACUUCGAAGAAUUUCGUUGGAGAUAUUUACAAUACUGGCGAUUUUAAUUUAGAAUUCAAUUUGGGCAUCUCAUUCGCAUUUUCUGUGGGUCUUAUGGUAUUCAAUAAGUUUCUGUACCUUAUGCCAUUGCCCAGUUAUAUCACAGAUAAAUUUAGAGAAUGAUAUUAUCUCUCAUUUCAUUUGUCGAUAUCGUUGAUUGUAGAUUAUGUUAAAUUUAUUCUAUAAAUAAAAUGUUGAUUUAAAAUGUAAUUCCAUAAGAUAGCUUGUUAGAAAAAUAUUUAAACAAUAAAAAUAUUGUCUAUAGUCUA